UUUCAAAAAAUCGAUUUUUUUUUUUUUGCAUUUUCUUAAAGUAUAAUAUUUUAAAAAUAUUGUGUGAAAAUUUGAAGUGAAUCCGACAAAUUCUUUUCGAGUUAUUUAACAAUGACCAAAGGACGCUCGGGUGCUACGUGGCAUUCGAGAGCAGGUAGCUAGAAACAGCUGCAAGCAACCGACUUUUCGGGUUUCAUUGUCAUGAAUAUCUCCCCAUUUUAAUGUAUUUAUAAUUAUAUAUAUAUAUAUAUAUAUAUAUAUAUAUAUAUAUCCUUCUACAUAUAUUCACAAUUUGUAGGUAGUACAAGAACUGAAAAAUAAUUUUUGGUUGCCAGUAUACCUGUAGUCGUUGCACUGAUCAGUCGAUAGUUUUGUGAUAAAUUAUUUCUCAAGUGAAUUAAAUUAUUAACCAUGGGACGUGAUUCUAGAAAGGUUUCAAGAGAACUUCGGAGUUCUGAAAAAAUUAAUAAGUCGCGUUCAGUCAAAAGAAAGAAUGUUUUUAAUCCGAAAACAGCCGAACGUGAUGAAAGUAUUCAGAGUACAUCUUCUAAAAAAUUAAAACAAAACACUGAAGAUGAUGUACCUGAAGACAGCAGUACUGAAUUUCGAAUAAUAAAUUUUAUUCAGGUAUUCACUGCAAUUUCUGCUCUUAUAAAAUGUAAAAAAUGUGAUGGAAAUGUAGUGUUUCAAACAGCAAGUACACGUGGGCUGGGAUUCAAAAUUGUAGUUGCAUGUAAUAACUGUGGAAAUGAAUAUAUUCCUUCCUGUUCUUUCGUUGGGCAUUCUUAUGAAAUAAACAGACGUUUCAUUUUUGUAAUGAGAAUACUAGGAAUAGGAUACGAAGGAUUGUGCAAGUUUUGCGGCCUGAUGGACAUGCCGUCUUUUUUAGAUAAAUCUACGCAUACAAUUUUACUGAAACAGAUUUUGAAUUGUAGUAAAGCCGUCGCAGAAACCUUCAUGACGAAAGCUGUGAAUGAAGAAAAGCAAGCAAUGCCAACAACUGAAAAUGAAGAUAUAAAUCAUCUAACUGUAUCGGGAGAUGGAACCUGGCAAAAACGGGGAUAUACAUCGUCAUUUGGAGUUUCUUCUAUAAUUGGCUAUUUUACUGGAAAGAUUCUUGACAUAAACAUUAAAAGUGCAUAUUGUAAGCUAUGUGAGUAUUGGAAAAAAAAAACAAAUACUGUUGAGUUCGAGGAAUGGUAUCAAUCGCAUGAAGAUGUGUGUUCUGCUAAUCAUCAAGGGUCUUCUGGGAAAAUGGAGGUGGAUGCGAUGGUCGAAAUGUUUUCGUAUUCUGAAACUAAAUAUGGAGUUAAGUAUGCCAACUAUAUUGGUGAUGGUGACUCCAAGACCUAUUCAGGAAUUAUAAAAUCAGAUCCUUACGAAAAUACAACUGUAAAUAAAAAGGAAUGUAUAGGGCAUGUCCAAAAGCGGAUGGGGAGUCGAUUACGUACGCUGAAGAGUAAACAAAAAGGUCUUGGUGGUCGAGGUAAGCUCACAGGAAAAUUAAUAGACAAACUAACUGUGUACUAUGGUUUAGCAAUACGCCGGCAUUGUGAUUCUAUUGAAAAUAUGAAAUCUGCUAUAAUGGCAACCUUUUAUCACUACGGCUCGAGUGAUGAAAAACCGAAUCAUGAUAUGUGUCCAAAAGGCGAAGAAUCUUGGUGCUCUUACCAGCGCGCUGAAGCAAGAGGAGAGCUUGAUACCUUUUCUCACGAUUAUUCUCCUUUACCUUCUGAUGUUUUAAAAGCUAUCAAGCCUAUAUACGAAGAUCUUAGUAAUGAAAAUUUACUUUCAAGAUGUGUAGGUGGAUUCAAUCAGAAUAAUAAUGAAAGCUUUAACCAACUAGUAUGGAAAAUAUGCCCAAAAACGGUAAAUACUAGUUUUACUAUCGUACAAAUAGCUGCAUACGUUGCUAUGUGUAUAUUUAAUGAGGGUAUAAAUUCAUUAUUAGUCUUGAUGAAUACACUAGGACUUAAUUGUGGGCCUAAUUCUCAUCGGUAUGCAGAAAGAAUGGAUGCUGCACGUAUCAAAGUAGCAGAUAAGCGCGCUAAUGAUAACACCCGAGAAGGUCGAUUGCAACGUAGGCACCAGCAAAUCGAUAUUUUGGAAGCUGCUAUGUCGGCUGAAGAGCUAUUAUAUGGUCCAGGAAUAGAUGACUCAGUAUGAAUCUCCAAGGACUUAUGAUGAUCACCGCAAAGGACUUCGGGAGGAACGGGCUCUACAAAAACAGCGAUAACUUUUUGAAUUAUUAAUUUUUUUUUUUGAAAUUUUCGUGAAGUCAAAUCGAAACGUGUUCUAAUAAAGCUAUGUUUUUAUUUUUGUCAAAUAAAGUAAUUAACUACAAAAAAAAAAUUAUUGAAAAUCAUC